AUGAAAAGGUCAAUCAAGGUGCAUCACUCAGGCACAAGCACAUUGCCUCGAAUAUGUCAUAUCCAGCAUGAAGAACUUGAUUUAACAACAGAUACGUGCUUAUCACCAGGAAGGUCAGGAAAGUGGCACCGUAUACAUCCGUUUAUAACCAUAGAAAUAUUUUCAGUAACAAAAAGCAUAUUCAGAAGCACAAUCUUCAAUACAAUAGACAUAUACUCGGUGUGUAAAGAUGGUGUCUUGUUCUUCAAUCGAUCUCCGAUUCCAUGGACCUCAGAUACACAGGUUACAUGGGACACAUACAGAAAACAGCUUGUAAAAUACAUCUCUGAUACGCUCAACGAAUACAUUACAUCCAUAUCCAUUUGUGAUAUGAAGUAUGCAUUCUACAUGAAGUGCAACAUAAUCAACUAUCACAUAAAGACUAAACAACCUGAAAUAAAAGCACUCAGAAAUGAAGCACGCAUAAUCAGAGAAAUACAGAAAGAAUUUACUCAGCAAAUAAAAAAUAAUAGCACGGAUCGCAUCAUACAAGCACUACUGUCCUAUAACGAUUCAGAGUCUAGAAUAAUGUUCAUGUUGGACAUCCUAGAUUCCAUUUCGCUUAGAACAGCUAGAAAAGUAAUGAAGUUUAUUGGAAAGGCAGAAAGAUAUCAUGCCACUCUCUUACAUUACAAACUGCAUCAAAAGGCACUCAAUGAAUCACAGCAUCGAUAUGCAUUUCUAUACCUUAUUGCUGCAUCAAGAUUCUUAAAACAAGGCGCAAAUCUUGAUCUUGAACAAUCAAUGAUGACAAGAGCAUUUAAGUGUAUAAGCGAGCCAAACUGGAUAUCAGUCAUGAAGGAUGUUGCUUCAAAAAUACACAAGAGCGAUUCACUUAGAUACGGCGAGAAUUCAUACAAGCUACGUUUUGUAGAUCAACCUUCAUUAAGCAUAAAAACAGUUGAAUUGCAAAAGUCUAGAAUUUACAAAUGCAUUGACAGUAGUGUUGUAUACAAUGCAGAAUGCACAGACAUAUACUUCACAGAUGCAUUUGAGCUUAAGCUUGUAUUUUACGAACACACAUCAGCAAUUCUACACGGUGUCAUUGUUAAAGAAGCAAACACAUCAGAAAACACUUUAAUUCCUGUGCAUGUGCAUCUCAACGGGCAUUGUGCAACUGUGCCAGUGAUCUAUCCUUAUGAACCAGAUAUAAAUUCUCAAAGUCAGGAUUAUGAUGAGCUUAGAAUCAAAUUGAUUGGUUUGAUAUUCUCAGGAAGUCCAUGUAUUCCAAUAGACCUGAAUGUAAUAUGGAUACGACGAAAAAGCACAAUGUCAAUCCAAAAUAUUGAGUAUCGUGGCACAAACAAUGAAGAGCAUAUACAUAUAAAGAUAAUUCUCACAAAUACAAAUGAGUUCCAAUCGAAUAUCAUAGGAACGGGUGACACAACUAGAUCAGGUAACGCAUUCAUGAUUUCAUUCAAUGCAUCACUUAAUCAGGAUAGAAUUUACACAAUACACCAUGAGAUCGCCAACAAUGUGUUUGAAUCUAUUCAUAUAAAAUAUUAG